CUAACUACCUACAGAGCCUUCUCAUAGAAGGCCUGGGUCUUUCCAUAAGCAGUUUGUCCAGCAAAGGCUUCAGCUGCCUCAAUGCCCUGGUAGACAGCGCAGUGAUACUUGAAAUGAAGGACACUUCUCUUACCAGCUUCUUCUGUGCCAUCAAUCAUUUGAGUUCGGAGCUGUAUGCAACAAAAUCAAAGAACAAAAAACUAGAAGUGGAAUUGAACGACAUGACUAGAAAACUCACUGAGGCGCUGAUGCUGGAAAAGCGGCUGAAGGAAGAUCUUAAAAAAUCAGAAGAAAUUCUAGAAACAGAAACCAACAAAGCUGACCGCCAAAUCCAUAACUUGAAGUUCCUGGAAAAUAAGUCUAAGGAUAUGAAUCUGAGGGUCAAGGCUGCUGAGGAGCAGCUUACUGCCACAGGGCUGGACCGGUCGCUGACACAUGAGUCACUCGUGAACCUGUCUAAGGAACUGGCUGAACUGCGGAAUGAAAUUGUGCCUUUGAAGAAGAAACUGGGGUUUUACCUAGAUUUAGCUCCUAAUCCUACUCUUGCACGAGUGAAGAUUGAAGAAGUAAAACGAGAACUGGAUGCUGUGGAGGCAGAGCUCUCAAAGGAGAUUGACAUGUUGACUCUUGAGCUGCCAAAGCCCAGCAGAUUCCGGUUCACCUGA